AUGACUUCGCAUGCAAGCCAAGCUCAGAAUAAAUCACCAAAAAUCCCAACAACUGAGAGUGACGUACGUGCCCCUCCAACGACUAGCCCCACCGCGUCUGGCAGCAAUUCCCGUGACGAUUUCGCCUUCAGCGGGCUCUUUCCUGGUAAAACCUAUGUGAUCUUGGAGAAGAUAUCCAGCAGAGCCAUCACGUCGACGGGCGAUGGACUUUGCCUAGAAGACAUCGAGGAUGAUUCUGACGAGUGGAACCAAAACAACCGAUGGCUCUGUGUUGAAAGCAAUGGUUACCUUGCUUUGCAAGAUGUCAAAUCUGGCAAAUACAUGGGCCAUGACGGCAAGCAAAACGUAUGUGCCCAGGCCACUAAAUUGGGUGGGUGGGAGUGCAUAACGACAAGAGACCAUCCUAAUGGAGGAUAUCAGCUGCUGUCGCCGCACUGGCUCCAAUCACUAAUGGCGAUUGUUGUCGCAGAGGACGGGAAAAGUCUUGUUAGGCGGCAGCAUGGGACAACCCUUUGGAGGUUUGUAAAAGUCUCUGACUGA